AUGUCGGCAGGAACAGUUCAUUCAGACUUUCAGGAGACCUCCUCGCCACCAACGCCGGCGUCUUCCAAUAAUACUACGGAAAUUUUGCUCUACUCUCACAUAAACGAGGAUGACAUUUGGGAAUAUCUGCAGCCAAAACAUUACGAGUGGGUUCUGAUCGCAGGAUACAUCAUCGUUUUCGUGGUCUCUCUGGUUGGUAACACGUUGGUUUGCUUUGCAGUAUGGAAAAAUCACCACAUGCGCACAGUAACCAACUAUUUCAUUGUGAACCUCUCCUUUGCCGACAUCCUCGUCACCCUCAUCUGCCUCCCCGCCAGUCUGGUGGUGGACAUCACGGAAACCUGGUUCUUUGGAGGCACCCUAUGUAAAGUGGUCCCAUACUUGCAGACCAUCUCCGUGUCCGUGUCGGUGCUGACGCUGAGCUGCAUCGCACAGGACCGCUGGUACGCGAUCUGCCACCCGCUGAUGUUCAAGAGCACGGCCAAGCGAGCCCGCAACUCCAUCGUGCUGAUCUGGGGCGUGUCCUGUGUCGUCAUGAUCCCCCAGGCCGUCGUCAUGGAGUGCAGCCAGUUCCCAGAGCUCACCAACAAGACCAGCCUCUUCACCGUGUGCGACGAGCACUGGAGCGAUGACAUCUACCCCAAGGUCUACCACACCUGUUUCUUUAUCGUCACGUACUUCGCCCCACUCUGCCUCAUGGUCAUGGCUUACAUCCAGAUAUGCCACAAGCUUUGGUGUCAGCAGAUUCCAGGGACAGGGUCGCCGGGAGUGCAGAGGAAGUGGCACUCGCUGCAGUGCACCACCUUGUCGUCGGGCUCCGUCUCCGGCCAAUCGGUGAAGGUGAAGACGAGCACCUUGACAGCGGAGGUGAAGCAGGUGAAGGCGAGGAGGAAGACCGCUCGCAUGCUCAUCGUGGUGCUGUUCGUCUUCGCCCUCUGCUAUCUGCCAAUCAGCAUCCUCAAUGUCAUGAAAAGGGUGUUUGGAUCAUUUCAAUACACGAACAACAGGGAGACGGUGUAUGCCUGGUUUACCAUCUCCCACUGGUUGAUAUAUGCCAACAGUGCAGCCAACCCCAUCAUAUAUAAUUUCCUCAGUGGUAAGUUUCGUGAGGAGUUUAAAGCCGCGUUCUCCUGCCGCUGUUUUGGUCGGCGUCAGAGCGAGGACAAGCAGCGCGUGAGAAAGAGAGCCAGCAACGAGAGCCGCAAGUCCCUCUCCACACAGCUCAGCCACCUGGACAACGCCUCACGCUUAUCGGACCACGUGGUGGUGUAGGCCUGCUAACUACAGACCUGGAGGAGAGACCACAUGGUGUAGGCCUGCUAACUACAGACCUGGAGGAGAGACCAGGCAGGGCUGCUAGCUAUAGACCAGGUCCAGGGCCUAUACCAAGAAGCUGGUUCAGGAGUAAACCAGGUUAAGUUAAGAGGUAAAUCAUCUAAUACUAGAGCCUGGAGUCCUCAUCUUCUUAAGAAAAUUAGGACUCAAUAAUCUUCUAUUAGAUGAUUUUCCUCUUAACUUAACUCCUAAAUCAGCUUUUUAGUAUUGGCCCCUGGAGGAUAGACCAUGCAGGGCUGCUGAUAUGAUGUCAGAUUGAUGUCUUGUAUUUUUGGGUGGUAGCUCAAACCAUGCCACCGUAAAUCACAACAACAUAGAGCAGGGGUGGGAAAACUUUAUCAUUCUUUACAAAACAUGUCAUAUUUCAUGUGAAACUGCCAAUGAUACAGUAAUUAUAGUGAGUCAUUGGAAACAGCAUAACACUAAAAUGAUAAUGAGGGCCAGAUAAAGGACCAUAAAGGGACCUCGAUAUAUAGGUUGCCCACCCCUGACAUACCUGCUGAGGCUCGACACGUCAAUCAAAAAAGUGUUGCACAGAUUAUCAAUUUAUUGCGCUCACCUUUCUUGUUUACUUGUGGACUUAGCUGCUCUGGUCAAUCUUUUAAUUUUAGGGUAUUUAGGGGACACUAAAUGGUUUGCAGAAAUCAGGGGAUGGGGGGAUCUGCACUCCUAAUGCAGGAAGAGACUGUAUGAAUAUGAGAUUGAGUUUAUCAUAUUUUUAACAGCGUCCAGAGUGUCCAAAUUAAACAUUGUCCUGUUAAGAAGGAGAUAUGUCUGAACCAGGUUAUAUCAGCAAAAUGUUCAUUUCCAUCCGUCUGCAGGUCCCUUAUCAGGUGGCUGUAAAAAAAAAAGAUUGUACAGAAUAAAACUUUUCAGGUUUGA